AUGCCUUGCCAGAUCUUGUCAAACACUGAGGUCGCUCUGCAAAAGAGAGGACUAUCGCGAGGACAGUCGGAGCUCCUGGACAACGAUUUGACAAACGACGAUCCGCCUCAGCUACAGUGGGAGGAGGAAGUGUCCGAAGAAGGGUCAGCAAGAACUCGGCUGCAGAAUGAGUUGAAUGGUCAGGAGAGCAGUGGGCUUGGCGAAAAGUGUUGA